AUGGCUACUCGAGGUUAUUUAUCUAGACGUUCAAAGAAAACAAACAGUUCUAGUCAGAAAUCCAGAGUAAAUGGACAGAGAAAGAAGAAAUUACCACCAUGGGAUGUAAGUAUAUUUACCGUUCAGCUCCAACUAUUUUUAAAGUGUUAAUUGAAGUGUUCGUACUGCACAUAUAUAAUAUUAAUAUAAAAAUAGUAUACCAAAAUGUAUAAAUACCAAAUUAAUAGAAAUGUAUUUACACUUUGACGAAAUUUACAGAUUAAUAGUAGGGGGAGGCCGGGUCUGGGGUAAUCUCCCCAAGAAAAUUGUUUUUAUUUUUCUACCCCUAUGACUGCAAUUCCCUGCAUUUUCUGAAACAGAAUUUUGGAUAUACAGCAUUACAUUAUGCUGUAUAGACUAUAAGAUAGACUGAACCUUCAGAUAGACUGAACCGUAGAUAGACUGAACCUUCCUGAAGUACUUGCAUAGUAUGUUUAUGUAGAUACCACAACUUGAUUGUCAUUCAGGGAACCAGCUUGAUAAACUUAGAGGGGCCGACUCCCACAAAGCGCCACCAUGGUUGGCAAUUUUUUGCGUCUCUAAAUCGUCGGAAAUGGCAUUUUCAAAGUCUUCUCUACGUCUUUUGUUAGGCCCUUUCACUAAUUCACUCAUUAUGAUUUGUGAGUAUAUGCUAUCCACGAGUCAGAAUGGAUUAUUAUGAGAAAUGUUGUUAUCAAAAUAUUGAUUACAGAUAUUUGAUUAUAUAUAUAUAUAUAUAUAUAUAUAUAUAUAUAUAUAUAUAUAUAUAUAUAUAUAUAUAUAAUCAAAUAUCUGUAAUCAAUAUUUUGAUAACAACAUAUAUAUAUAUAUAUAUAUAUGAUUUCAAAUACUUCUAAUUGGUUUUUUUUGGUGAGGGCCAAAAUUAUCCGCCCCCCUUAUAAAACACUUGGUUGAGGGCCUGUUGCCCCCUGCGGUCACUAACUUGUUUAGCCGAGCCUUCCAACAACUCAAAUCUAUAGGGUCUGGGAAAUGCAAUCCACUGGAAAAUGUUUAAAGGUAUUUAUUAAAGAUAAGAGACAUGACAUAAGAUUCACAAAGCAAAUUUCAGUUACUAGAAUACCAAACCUUCCUUCUAAAUUCCAUGUUUUGCUUAUAUUUUAGAGAAAUGGGACUUUGACUGGGGGGGGGAAUGGUUUGGUUGGGCCCACCAUGGGGUCUGGGGGGGGGCUUUGCCCCCCCCCCCAGUUAUAUUUAAGUUAAAAAAAGCCCUGCAAGUAAUACUUGCAGCAAGACAUCACAUCAGACAUUUUGAGAUCUUUUUUCAAGAAAUGUUGUAUACAGUAACUAUAUUUAUGCAUAUACUGUACAGCAUAUUACAGUAUACAGUAUUUUCAGCUUGAAUAGCCCAGCCAGCCCAGGUUAUUUUGUUCUUUUUUGUAAUUGAAAUCCUAGCCAGGUUGGCUGAGAUCCCAGGCAUUUUUCUAUAUCAAAACAAGAUGAAAUGGGUCAUUCCAGAAAACAUCCAUACCACCCCCAUGUCCUAAUACAUUUACUAUUAUCAGGAACAAUUUUUUCUCCCCUCCCCCUCUGGACGGCAGAAAUUUCGUAGAGUAUGGAUCUUUUCUGGAACGACCCAAUUUAAUAACUAAAGACAUGAUAAUGAAUUGUAAAUAACAAGUGUUUUCCAUAACACAAAUUUAUGUUACAUAUAGUGUUGUGUAAUAUCUUAUUUUACUUACUGUAGAGCACGAUAUCUAAUUUACUGGUUCACAGGCCAACAAAGGAAGAAUUGGUAAAUAUCAAACACCUGAUGUUUAAAGGUUAUAUUUGUAUAGAAAACGUUUCAAUAUUACUCAAGCAACCCGAUUGUAAAAAUCAUAAAGAGCAUAUUAAGAUUAUUAUUACAGUAGGUGAUUGUGACUUAUGUAUUUAUAUAAUUUUGUUAGAGGCGCAGACAUGAACUCCAUCAACCAAUACAGAGAUUUUCAGAGUCACCAGAUGGUACUGCACCAG